AUUACUACGUAAUGACGUCGCUGUGUGCGCCGCCGACGUGUUAGGGAAGUGGUCGUCACAAGCUGCUAACUGUUAGCAUUUUAUCUUGGAUAAACACUGUCCUCUGUUUGCUGUGGCCCACAAUGACACCUAGGUUUUUACUUCUAGUGUGUGUGAGAAAAUAAUUACGCGAGGGAGGUCGUUGCGUUUCAGGAGUUUGCAGGCUUCAUGAGAAACUGACUUGGCGAACAAAGAUGGGGAAGCGGAAGGUGCCAGAUCUCUACAAAGCCCCCUUUCCCUUGUUUUCUAUCAAGGUUGAUCCCAACUUGGGGCUAGUCAUUGUGGCAGGAGGAGGAGGGGCUUCCAAGACUGGCAUCAAAAAUGCUGUGCAAUUCUUGGAUCUGCAGCUGGUUGGGGAGCAUCAGUAUAGCACCAGCCUAGUUCAUUCUCAUGAUACAGACACACGUGCCACAAUGAACAUGGCAGUUGGGGACGGUGUGAUUGCAGCUGGACAGGAUGGGACUUGUCAUCUGAUGAAAUUUAAAGAUUGCAAAAAGAAAGAAGAUGGAGCAGAUACACCGCAGGGUGACGCCAGGCAUCGAGCUGGCAGAGCAAAGAAAGAUGCCGCCUUGGCAGCUGGCGACGCAGCAGGCAUGAAGGAUGAGACGGUCCAAAUUUCUCUGACUGAAAUGGCUGAACUACAGUCAGACCUGAACCCCAAAGAUCCCUUUCAAAAAGUGGUUCGCUUCAGUCCUGACCAUAGCCUUUUGAUGACUGGUGGCACGGAUGGGCACAUCAGAGUCUGGGAGUUUCCAUCCUUGAAGAAGAAGUUUGACUUCAAAGCACAUGAAGGGGAGAUAGAAGACCUGGAUAUGAGCCCAGGAAACAAGCACCUGGUGACUGUUGGCAAGGACUUUACCUGCAGCGUUUGGAGUGGCAACCAGUUGGUCACUACCUUAAAGUGGCACGAGACCACGUCUCACGUCAGUGAGAAAACGUACCAAUACAGAGCGUGCAGGUAUGGAAAAUUAGAAGACCAAGAAGAUGCUCUGAGGCUCUACACGGUGCAGAUCCCACACAAACGAGACAGGAGGCCGCCCCCUUGCUACCUAACAAAGUGGGAUGGCAAGAGCUUUUUGCCCAUGAUGACGGCGCCGUGUGGCUCCGAGUCCAUCUCCUGUAUGGUUUUAAGUGAUUCCGGGACAUUUCUUGGACUUGGCACUGUCACGGGAUCCGUGGCUAUCUACAUCGCUUUCUCCCUACAGAAAUUGUACUAUGUCCAGGAGAGCCAUGGCCUCGUGGUAACAGAUCUGGCCUUCCUGCCCAACUCUCUCAAAGGCCGAUGCCUCAAAGGGAACAAUGAAGCAGCCAUGUUCAGUGUCGCUGUGGACAAUGGCUGUCAAGUCCACGUCAUCCCCAACCGAAGAUCCUACCCUGUCUGGCUGGUAAUCGUAAUGUGUGGCCUGAUGGUGGUUGUGGUUGUGCUUCUCCUGCAACUUGUCUUCCCUGGGUUCUUUUAAACUCCACUCAGAACUUUGGACUCAUCAUGAAAAGCUGGGUGUUCUUCAGCAGAAGGCCUGUGUGUCCAGCGGCAUCCUGGUGUGCCCGUCUGUGCUCUCACUCAGGGCUGUUCACUGGACUCAGCAGCUGGGAGGUUUUUUCCACUUUGAUGUCAGUUCAUCUUCAUCUAGCUAGAAUCAUGUUGAAGUGCUCAGGGUCCUGAAUGUGAAGAGUGUGUUCUUUCAAUUGAAUAUUUUAGAGAUCAUGUUAAAAUAUAUGCAAAAUGGCACUGCAGCAGUGUUUUCACACUCCGUUAGCUGCCGUAUGUGUGACGCCUAUACUUACCAGUAGUCGGCAGCAGAGACAAAGGGAGAAGGGACAGAGUUUUCCAGCUGCCGAUGUCGAUUACCGUACUCUGGUGAAGUUGUCACUGAAACAUAAUUGCUCAUAUCUGAGAGAGGAUGAAGGAUCAUCCUGGUUUACUGAUUAUCCUGGAUGUCUUCGUAAUGUAAUUAAUGUUAAUUUUUAAAAGGUCCGCGGAUUAUCUAAAAGGACGAAAAUAAAAUAGUUGCCCUUGCACAGCCUUUGCCAUUGUUAUUGUAGGAAUAUUAAUACUCCCAAAUGACAUGUUGAAGUCCCAAAGAAAAAUGUUUUUAUGUCUUGCACAGCAUCACCCCUUUAUCUCUCCAUGUAUUGAGGCCUCGGUUUUUGUUCCAGGCGUUUUAUCAUGAGCGAUUUUAAACAUGUCCUAUGUCUGAUGUCUUGGUACCUACUUCUUCUGUAGUUACUGUUUUAUUUCAUUCUGUCAACCGACCAGGAAACACCUGACGUUUUUGGAGUCGGACGGCUUCGGUUUCAUCCAAAGCAUUUCAAAACACAUUUUACAUUCACAAACACCUGCAUACACUAAAGGGUUUCUUCAUCUUUCAGUGGAAAUCGCAGCAGAUUUUAAAAGACCAUGCAAUUGUCACACAUUAAUUUGAUCUACAAGACAAUCAUGAUGCAAUUCUCAUGCCAAAUUAAAAGACAGAGCCUCCUCUGGAGACAUGAGGACACUACAGACUAUUGACAUGUCCUGUAUUUGCAGCCAACAUAAGUCAUGGCAGACAUGACCACAAUGACGAGCGAUGGGAGAGAUGGACUCAGCAGGCUGGAGGGAACGUUACUCUGAACACUAAAGACAGAGGGGCCGCUGCUAAAAAUGCACCACAUACCAAAACCUCACAAACAGGAUGCCACACUUUGAUUCAAGUGGUGCUUGAGAGAAGCAUGGAAAUAAAAACUGAAAAUAUAACAACCUUUUGAAAAAAAGGUGACAGUUUCCAAUGCAAAGUUAUUUCGUCUGUACACACUCACAAGUCAACCAAGAUUGUUUGACUUUUCAUGGCUGAUAGUAGCAGAGUUAGUCUUAUCAACACAACAGUGUAAUUGUGAGUUAACUUUGCUUUCAUGCAAUUAAACAAGAUGAAAUUAAACAUUGUUUAAUAGAUUAAUUGUAGUUCAUGUUUUUAGGCCAAAUAAUAUCAAAAUACACAUUCUAUAGUUAACUUCAGAUAUAGAUUGCUCACUUUUAUACAGUAUUUUAAAUGUACAAUACACCUGUUGGAGGUGUGUGGACGUUAGCCUGGAUGAUAGUUGACUGUUGUUUGUUAAGAAAUAACAACAUACUCAUUAAUGUUGUAUUAUUGGACACGGUGUGAUACGAGGAGAAAGUAAACAAACAGAAGAGUUGUCCUCAUUACUAAAAUGUCCCUGUUGUCAUAUUCCCCAUAGUUUUUAAGUACACGGUAGUAUCCUGGGAAUCUAUUCAUACUUCCACUUUCAAGUCAGCUCUGGAGCCCCCUCGGUUUAAAGGGAUCGUUUCAAGUGAUGAACGGGGAGUAUUGGGACACUGCAGUUAAACGUGAACCCGCAAAACGGAGUGCCAGGGCCAAAAACCAAUGUUAGGGUGAGAAUUGGGACAGGCCCAUAAAUUUUCAAAUAGACUGACCAAUCAAAGGGCCACGUCAUACAUGGGGCCCCUAGACUGCAGCUUGAUAGUGCAAUAUCAAAUGUGCUUCCUCAGUCAUUGGCUAUGCUACGCAAACUGGAGGCACCAACACCGUUCUGGUUCUGGAAACGGCGCUAAUUCUGCUAGUUCUCAGAAUCCUGCUUUCUAUCGAACCACAGAUAUCUGUGCGACUCAUUCUUGGCGUGUUUGUUGGGACUGUGACUAUUUGUUUUCAUUCCACUAUCAAGUUUGAGAUGACUUUUAAUGAUAAGGAGACAUGUAAGAUGAUUAAAUCGGAAUGGAACGUGUGCGAGGGUGAACUGUUGGGAGUCAUAACCUGCACAUUGCUGUGCUGGUGUGAACGGACUCUAUUAGACCAGGAAAUAACAAUUUACACUUACAUACACACAUACAACGAUUAGCUUUCACACACAUGUUGCUAUUCUUGUGGGGCCAUUGCACGGUUUCUCAUUGACCUUAUGCUCUUCCCAGCCUCUCACCCUAAACCUAACCACCCAAAACAAACGGCUGGCCUUAACCAGGACUCAGAAACAAACUUACACCCAAUAUAAUGACCCAGUUAUUUUGAAGUCUCCAAGUUCACAUACAGCUACACAACCACAGAUCCAAAAAUAGGGAAAGUGGGAAUAUGGGGUGUACAGUACAUUAUAAAAACUGUUCUUCACUCUGCUCUUUUUAACCUCUGUAUCAAGUAAGAAGAAAUAUUGACAGAAUUGUAUGCAAUAUGUCAAUUAAGAAACCAAGUAAUGAAAUAGUUACAUAGUUACAUAACAGUCAUAUAACAUGUCAAGUAACACAUUUGUAAUGUUUGUAAACUAUCAGAGGAUUGAAAUGAACAUUUGUUUUUUUCCCCAUCUAUUCACCACCUUACAGUGCCAGUAGAGUUAUGUAAAGUGGCUUCAUGAGGCACAUUUUGGCUUGAAGUUGAAGCAUUCAAAGACGCUGGAGAGGACAAUUCUUUCAUGCAUACUUGCGCUGUUCUGAACUGUGUGAUUGCUCACUUUAGCAAUUCCGAAUGCUCACGUUCACAUCACACUUUCUCCAGUGAUGUUGUAAGUGUUAUACCAGAAAGUGUAAUUGUUAAAUGGACAGACCACAUUAAAAAAGCCUUGCCUUGGUAGUUGUUUUUGCAGUUUUUGUUGCAGGCGCAUCGUUGUUGUUGUUGCUGCUGUAUCACUACAAGAUGGUGACGGCAGCGUGACUGAAUGUGGCUAAUAGAUCAACAUUUUAAAAGAAGUACCAUCUUGCUGAAAGACAACAGUGUAAUCUCCACAGACACGUGUGGGUGGGGGGACCUAAGUAGAAGUAGGAUUACACAUUUGUAAAUUCAGUUCCCUCUCUCACCCCAAAUUCAGGUUUUUAGAU